AUGGGCAUUGGGCUUCUUAGGCUCUACGCCCUGGCACUGCUGGUGGCAGGCUUCGCAAGAGCCGCUGUGACAGCUUCAGGCGAGAAUGUCUGGACUCUCGGCGUAAUGCUGUCGCUGGACGGAGCGGAUUCAUACGUACAGAGUCUGGACCGCAUAAUCCGCUUGGCCGUCGCCGAUAUCAACGCCGCAGACCAGAUUCUGCCCGGUAUCAUGCUCCAGACGGCCAACCUCGAUGACUCAAAUCGCGCGGUACAGUUUCUCCAAACGCGCCGAUAUUCGGCCGCCCGCAACGAUCUCACCGUCAAAAAUGCAAUAUCCUUUGGGUCCAACUCCAGCAUUGUCGGAAUCAUUGGCGAGAUCACUUCGGACAACUCGAUUCCGCUCUCCUAUGUGGCAACUGCAUUCAACGUGCCCCAAUGCUCGCCCACCGCAACGUUGGUCACGCUGAGCAACCGAACCAUCUUCCCGGUGUUUUUUCGCCCAAUUCCACCAGACAACUACCAAGCACCCGCAAUCGUCUCAUUUGUACUGAGCGUGGGCUGGAAGCGGGCCAUUAUGGUGUAUUCGAGCGGCAGCUACGGAUCAGCAUUGGCCAAGGGCGUGGCGUACAGCAGUAGCAUUCAGGGACUCGAGAUCGACCUCCAGGCCUCGUAUCCGGCGGAUGUGCAAAGCCAAAGCGACUUUACCAACACUGCAGCGCAGCUUGUUGGUCUCCGAAAUCGCUUGGUCCUAUUUCUAGGCGAAGCAGUCGAGUUUGUGUACUACACGCGAGCAGCGAGGGCGCUGGGUGUCGAUGGCCCCGACUACACAUAUGUCGGAUCGGAUGGGACAUAUGCACUCUUCAGCUUGUUAUCGAACUUGAACAUUACUGAUGACGACCGCUCGAGCAUGCGCGGGCUUCUGAGCGUAACGGCCAUGGAGCAGAGCAACACAAGUGUGGCCGAGUCCAUCGAUCAGCGAUAUGCGAGCCUCUACAACGCUCCUGUGGUACCAGGCAGUUACUUCACUUAUGACUGCGUGGUAGUGCUCGCAUAUCUUUUGAGACAGAUGAUGAACCAAGGCGCGAGCGUCUCCGACAUCCACUACCAUCGGGCAAAUGUCCCUUCGGCGGCAUCCCUUCCUGGAUUCAUCGGAGCCACGGGAAAUGUUACAUUCGAUGCCCUCGGAAACCGAUUGGCACCAUUCCUGGUGGCGAACCUCCCAAAUACAUCCGGAGCGCUCAACAUGGUGGCACAAGUCCUGAUCAACGGGACAGUGAUCAUGGGAUCAUCGCAGAUUGUGUUCCGAAACGGACAAACCAUCGUGCCGAGCGAUAUGCAGGUUCUACAGGUGUUGGUCAUCAACUACACGGAUCCCCUGCCCUUAGUCAUCGUCAGCAUAUACGUAAUUGGAUUGAUCUUGACAUUGAUGUCGGGCGUAUUUGUGCUUCGAAACCGCCGCGUCAAGAUCAUCCAGAAUCUGUCGUUUCCGUGCAUCAUGAUGACAAUAGUUGGCUUGACGAUGUCGUGGCUGUCAAUCUUUACACUAGUUGGAAAGACGACAAACCUCACAUGCGCAACGCGAGACUGGAUAUUUUGGUUUGGAUUCGGAACGGUCGAGGGAACUAUGCUCGCCAGAGCGUGGCGAAUAUGGCGUAUCUUUGAUAACGAAAAGAUGCAGCUGCGCCCCAUGAGCUACCUCUUUCUCCUGAGCAUCUCCUUGACUGUUGUCGUCGUCAAUGGCAUACUUAUUGGGGUCGGGUCACUGCUUUCCCCACGGGUCCCUGUUGCUAUCGACGGCAGCAACUACGUGUUCUAUGACUGCGUCCUGGACCUGGCUACAGCUGCUGGAUACAUGUCGCGGGUUCAACUCGGACUUAACGGGCUUGUCCUCAUUUCGAUCACAAUUCUUUCCUUCAAGUCGCGGAACGCACGUAUUCCCUAUCAAGAGAGCACAUGGAUCAUGUACUCGACCAGUUUCUCGCUCAUGACCUUUAUCAUGGCGUCGCUUGUGCUCGUGGUCAACCAGGGACAAAGCUCACCCAUCUCGAAUUUCUACACCAAGACGAUAACUUCUUUGAUGGCCUACAUUGUGAUGUUAUACUGCCUUGUCGGCAGGGUCGUCUGGGAAGCCAUGGGACAGCUUAGGGCCGGUGAACGCAAGGGCAGCCAGGACCUGGUCCAGGGGCUCGGCGAGCUGUGGUGCAAGCCCCGAAACAGCGUGCAGGACGACGACGAGGAACCCUUUGUCCGCAAGAGCUUCUCGGUGGUGAUGAAGAGCACAGGCUCGCUCUUUUCGACAUGGGUGGCGCACGAGUUUGUGGUCUACGAAGGGCCGUCGCUUGUGCUGUGCAUCUUCAAGAAGGACCAUCAGCAGGCCGGAGGAUCGGACUGCUUCGAGAUCACCUUCAACAAGCGGUGCCACAUUGUGCAGUGCGAGUCGCCGGCAUACAAGCGCCGGCUGCUGGCGGCGCUGCAAUGCACAACAUGA